GCUCCGGUGCAGGACCAGGUCAGCCCCGGCUCCGAGGAUCCUGGGAGCCGCUCCCGCAGGCUCCAAGUCAAACCCGCCUUUGACAACGAGGAAGCACGCCGUGCUGUGGCGGAGGCUGCAAGACGCCUGGCAAACUUCGAGGACCAGCUUGAGCUCCAGCGCUGUGGCCUCCAGCGUCGCCGGGUGCAGAAGCAGAGCGGCGAGGUCGACGACGUCACUCUGUUGGGAUAUGCGCUCCUCCAUCACGGAGAGCUUGAAUCGCUGGCUGCCGAGCGGCAGGGCUGCCUCUCCGACUGCGACCAGCUUUUGCAGGUGGCUUCCAGGGAGGGCUGGUCGAGUGAGGACAUCGGCGCGUGCGAGCAGUUGGCCGCCCGCUGCCGCGACUUGGAUGACUCCUUCCGCUCCUGCGCGCAGACAGCCGCGCAGCUUAAGCAGGACGCCUCGAAGGCGGCACCUUUGCGCCUCGAAGACUCCGACAGGCAGGCGGCUCUGGAGGAGGCCUUGCGCCGCGUGGCUCGCUUCGACCACGAUGUGGAGGCACAGCGCGAGGCACUUCGCAGGCGACGGAGGAAAGGUGGCACAGGAGAAGCCGCCGUGGAUGCUGUGCUUGCCUCCCUCUUGGAGCAGCGCAGGGAGGAGCUGGGCCGGGACUCGCCUUCUGAAGCCUGGGGCCUCAUUGACUCCCUGUGGAGUGGCAAGCUGACGGAGAGUUUAGAGCAGCUGACUGUCCAUGUCUCGGUCCCGGUCCAGGAGCCUUCGUCUGAAGACAGCCAAAGGAGUGGCAGGCAGCCGGGCCGAAGCGAUGCUGUGGAUGCAUCAGCAGAGAUGGCCGAAGCGCGCCGACGUUUGGCUCAGCUGUCGGAGGAUGCCGAGCGACAGCGACUCGGCCUCCGUGCGAGGCGCCGCCGGGGCAAAGCUGAGGAGGCCGUCAAGGAAGAACUUGAGCAGAUAGCAGCAUCCGGUGCGGAGUUUGGUGCUUUGGCAGUCGAGCAUUGUGAAGGCCUCCAAGAUCAGGAAAAGUCUCUCAGCGAGGUUAUGCAGAAAGACUCUGAAGCCAUGGACGAGAUUGAAGCCUGGAGACAGCUUGUUGGGCUCGAAGAGCUGCAGGCUGCGGCCUCCAAGAUGUCUGAGCGGCUGCAGGACGAGGCGACAGGCAAGACGGUGGCUGACCUCACAGGGCUGGGUCCGUCGCAAUCGCGGUUGCCGCCUGUCAGCAAGCAUGCCUUGUAA